AUGGAGCACCGCAUCGUGGGGCCCGGCCCGUACCGGGCCACCAAGCUGUGGAAUGAAACAGUUGAGCUUUUUCGCGCUAGGAUGCCCUUACGGAAACAUCGCUGUCGUUUUAAAAGUUACGAACACUGCUUCACGGCGGCUGAAGCCGUGGAUUGGCUGCAUGAGCUGUUGAGGUGCAGUCAGAACUUUGGCCCCGAGGUGACACGUAAGCAAACAGUCCAGCUGCUGAAAAAAUUCCUUAAGAAUCAUGUUAUUGAAGACAUCAAGGGAAAAUGGGGUCAGGAAGAUUUUGAAGACAAUCGUCACUUGUACAGGUUUCCUCCUUCCUCACCCCUGAAACCAUAUCCAAAGAAGCCUACAUACCAAAAAGAUGCUAUAAAAUUUCCAGAAUGGAAUGACCCCCCACCAGGGACUUCACAAGAGAACAUCCCAGUGAGGCCACUUGUGAUGAACUCUGAGAUGUGGUUCAAGCGUCACAGUAUUGCUAUUGGAGAGGUGCCGGCCUGCCGUCUUGUCUACCGCAGACAGCUGACGGAGGCCAAUGUAGAAGAGAUAUGGAAGUCUAUGACAUUAUCAUAUUUACAGAAAGUCCUUGGCCUGGAUUCUUUGGAAGAAGUCUUAGAUAUUAAACUGGUCAACUCCAAGUUCAUCAUCCAUAAUGUAUAUAGUGUGAGCAAGCAGGGAGUUGUCAUCCUUGAUGACAAGUCAAAAGAACUUCCUCAUUGGGUACUGUCAGCUAUGAAGUGUCUGGCAAAUUGGCCUAAUUGUUCAGAUUUGAAGCAGCCUAUGUAUUUAGGAUUUGAAAAGGAUGUCUUUAAAACUAUAGCAGAUUACUAUGGUCACUUGAAAGAGCCUCUACUUACAUUUCAUCUUUUUGAUGCCUUUGUCAGUGUAUUAGGUUUGUUACAGAAAGAGAAAAUGGCUAUUGAAGCAUUUCAGAUUUGCUGCCUCCUCCUGCCACCUGAAAAUAGGAGAAAGUUACAGCUGUUGAUGAGGAUGAUGGCAAGAAUCUGCCUAAAUAAGGAGAUGCCACCCCUGUGUGAUGGCCUUGGUACCCGAACACUGAUGGUUCAGACAUUUUCCCGUUGCAUCUUGUGUUCCAAGGAUGAAGUAGACUUGGAUGAGUUAUUAGCUGUGAGGUUGGUGACGUUUCUAAUGGACAAUUACCAAGAGAUUUUGAAAGUCCCUUUGGCCUUGCAGACCUCCAUAGAGGAGCGUGUGGCUCAUCUACGAAGAGUCCAGAUAAAAUACCCAGGAGCUGAUAUGGAUAUCACUCUAUCUGCUCCCUCAUUUUGCCGUCAGAUCAGUCCAGGGGAGUUUGAAUACCAGAGAGCAUACGGCUCUCAGGAACCUCUGGCAGCCUUGCUGGAAGAAGUCAUAACAGAUGCCAAACUCUCCAGCAAAGAGAAGAAGAAAAAACUGAAGCAGUUUCAAAAAUCCUAUCCUGAAGUCUACCAAGAACGAUUUCCUACACCAGAAAGUGAAGCACUUCUGUUUCCUGAAAAACCGAAACCGAAACCACAGCUCCUGAUGUGGGCACUAAAAAACCCUUUCCAACCAUUUCAAAGAACUAGAAGUUUUCGGAUGUAG